AUGGCGGCGCUUUCAAAUGCCUCACUUUAUGUUCUUCUAAAUGUUCUUCUGGUAAUCCAAACAACAGUUGGUGGUAUCCCAAUAAGGUCAGGUCUAUAUGAAGACCAUGAUUAUCUCUCCUUGCCAAAUAAUGCUGAACCCCCUUGCUCUUGUUCCCCCAAUAAUACCCAGAGAAGAAAUGAAACAGAAGACAACUAUCAGCCAAUGCAAGAUGACAGGAGAAGAUUGAGGGCAGAUCCACCCAGUAUUCCAGAUAUUGAGCCAAUGCAAGAUGACAGCAGCAGAUUGAUGGCAGAUCCACCCAGUAUUCCAGAUAUUGAGAUGGAAGAUGUAUUACUUGAGGAAAUAGCCCCUGAGGAUUUGGAUAAUGUAAGAUAAUUAUGUUGCAUGUAAUUACAUGUAGUACAACAUGUAGUCAAUGUCACAAUAAUUCAAAGCCAUGCUAUUUAUAUAUAAUAUGUUUACAUAAAAAUAAAUAAUUUUAUGAAGAAAACAUUAAGGUUUAGACAUUUCUGAUCUAAUUGAUCUUAAUGUCCUACCAUUUUGUGAAAGGCCAUAUAAAUAUAAGUCCUUGUAAAUUAUUAUAAAAUAUACCUAAUUAUAAGCCAUAAAAUCUUUAAGAAAUGUCGGGAGAGGUGACAUUUUAAUGGCUCUUGUAUAUAUAGACUAUAAAGAAAAGAAAACUCUAGAUGUUAUUGGCCUAUUUAUUUUAAAACAAAGUGGCACGUUAUGCUUAAUCUAACUGGUGAAUUGUCCCUCGUUCCUUAAUAAAUUUGGGAGGGGGGGGGUGUAGAAAAAAUUAAGAAAUCAUAGACCUACAUGCAAUUAAGAGAAAUCUAUUUUACACAGAUGAAGGAGAAAAAAAAACCAAACAAAUUUUGAAUUAGAGAACACUUGUAUAUAUUUAUAUUAUAUAUUAUGACUACAGGGCUAAUGAAAUCAUUUUUAAUA